CUUAGUCGACUCGUUAAAAAAAGAACACGUUGUUUUCAACGCCAUCCAUUUCCAAACCUUCCCUUUUUCACUCGAGUGAACACUAUCACCGGAAACACACUCAUCCGACCCACACUACUAAACCAAUAUGUCAAUAUAUCACAACAUCCAUAUAACCACCACCAACCGCCAUCAUCCACCACUCACCACCACCACAAAAACACCUCAUUUAACCUUCACAUCCUUCAAUCCCCUCUUGCUUUCAACAACAACCAACCGCCGUAACCGCUCAAUUCUAACCGUCUCCGCCGCCGCCGCGAAGAACAGCAAUACAAACCCUAAACAAUCAAAUAACAAUAAACAAAACGAAAUCGAAGAAGAAGAAAUAGAAGAGGAUUUACCAUGGAUACAAGAGAAAGCAUUAGAUAUAGUUGAAUUCAGUGGCUCCGUAACACAAGCUUUACCUGGUCCACGCGUCGGCCAAUCUUCGCUUCCCUGGAUUCUCGCUGUUCCGUUGGCGUAUGUCGGUGUUUCCUUCGUGCUCGCAGUUGUUAAAACUGUUCGCAAGUUUACUUCUCCUAAACAAGCUCGCCGUAACCGGGUUAACAAAAAUGCAGCACUAUGCAGAUCCAUAGAUGAUUUACUUGAGAAAGAGGGGAAUGGAGUACAACACGAAGCUUUGAAGCAUUUGAUGCAGAAGACAGGCUUCAGUAUGGCGGAGAUUUUGCGUAAAUACAUUCGAUAUUCCUUGAAUGAAAAGCCUUUCAACCCCAAACUGGUUGCAGCACUGAUUCAACUCAGGAAAACAACAAUGUUGGAUGAUUCUCAAAUCGCUGAAAUAUUGAAUGAAAUUUCAAGACGACUUGUCAAAGAUUAUGGUCCAGUAGUGAUGAAUACAUCAGGAUAUUCAGAAAAGGGCUUAAGGAGAAAGCUUACUGUCCAAUCUUUGUUCGGAAAACUUUUCUAUCUUUCAGAGCUCCCUGAGUUCUGCGGAAGAGACAGCUCCUUGAUAGUGAAAGAAAUAUUUGGCGUUGCAGAUGAGGAUGCGGAAAAACUGCGGUUGAGUACAGUUGCGGAAGCCGGUGAUAUGGAAUCACUUGAAAAGAUGGUUGAUGGUAUUGAUUCAGAGGAGUCGGGUGAUGAAUCUUCAUUAGGGGAUCCAUAGAUUUUGUUUCUACAGGUUUUAUAGGUUUUUUUGUAAGACUGUUGAGAGAUAUAUACAAGCGGCAUGAAAAAAUUGUUGUAAAAUGUUCAUUAAUGAAGAUGAACCCGUUAAAAGA